UGAUAGUCGACGUCGUGCGCUCGGAUGCCUGUAUUACGAGAGUACCUUUGCUCUCGCUCGCGUUUGCUAAAUUUUAUUUCAAUUAUUCCAAAUAAGCGACAAAUACGUUUGGAGGUCAAGAUCAUAUAAAAUAGCCAGAUCGUAGCUCGCGUGGUCGUCGGUGAAAGUGGCGAAUAGGAGCAGUCAGGCAGUGGCGCGAGACGGACGCGGCCGGUCGUGCUAACGAGCUCCGACGUGGCGAGGAGCCGGAACACGGACAUAUUGCCAGCGCUGUCAAAUUUUGAAAUUUUGCCGAGUGUUUGUUAUCUGUGAUAGAACCAUGUAGACUGUGAACAUUCUGACCACACCGAUUGCUAACGUUUAUUGUUACAUGUUUUAUUUGGUAUUUCAACAUCGCCAAUGUGUAUUAAAAGACAUCUGUGGACAUAUUCGACUCGUUGUUAUUCUGCUAUCGAAAAUAUGAUGGAUAUUCGCGGUAGGAGAGGAAGAUAGUGAGAUGGCGAACACGCGUGAGGGAAGCGCGGAGCCCGCCAGCUUGGAGUAUAUGGAGGAUCCGUACUUCGUGCCGCCGGACGACGACUCGACGCCCAGUUUCGAUGUGGCGGUAGACGAGCUGGACGAACUGGAGGAGCUGGCGAGCUGGCCGCGCGACUCCGAGGCCGAGGCGGACUGGCGCGCGCUGCCCGACCUGGCCGACUCCGCGCUCUGCAUCGAGACAGAGUUCUACAUGGACAAUCGUCGCAGACGACUCCGAAUAUUCAGGAAAAAAAUUCGUGAAGUGCGCGUCACCUUCCAAGACCUCUCCAAACCGUAUCUCGCAAAAGUUUCCAGUCACACAAAUUACAAAAAGUUUCUGGGCAUCACGCCUGGAGCUGAGGAAGCGAUGCCAGGCGCUGGUGGUGCAGGCGGCGGUGACGCGCACACGCCUGACGAGCUGGCGGGCCUGUCACCCGAGCAGGUGGAGCAGCUCCGCGCCGAGUGGAGCCACGAGCUGGCCCGCGUCGAGGACGAGAUCGCUACGCUACGUACAGUGCUGCAGAGCAAGAUUCGUCAAAGCUCGGAGUUGAAGAGGAAACUUGGCAUAACUGUAUGGAAGGAGAUAACCGAGGACGUCAAUCAGGGUUUGAAAAACGUAAAGGAGAGCCAAGUCUAUCAAACCAUUGAAACACGAGUCGCUGCUCUUACGCAGGCUGUGACGGAAGCACCAAUAUACCAAAAAACUGAAUCUGUGAUAAAAUCGACUGCUGAGAAGACGACGUCUAUCCUGGGCGGCAUCACGGCCGGCGUGUCCAGCAAGCUCGGACAGAUGCGUAACUCCGACUCCUUCCGCUCCAUCGAAGAGCGCGUCGGUACUGCCUACGAGAACGUCAAGGGCAAAGUGGCGUCCCGCUCUAACUCGACUCAGAGCUUCGACGAGGCGCUGCGCGACGCGAGCCGCGGGGCCAGCGGGGCCACCUCCCCCACCAUCCCCGAACACAAGCCGCUGCCCUAA